AUGGGAGCAGAAGCUGAAACAGUCUGUGUGACAGGUGCCUCUGGCUUCAUCGGCUCAUGGCUGAUUAUGCGACUCCUAGAGAAAGGUUAUAAGGUCCGAGCGACAGUCCGCGACCCUGACAACACAAAGAAGGUGAAGCAUUUGCUGGAAUUGCCAAAGGCUGAUACCCACUUGACUUUAUGGAAAGCUGAUCUUUCUGUGGAGGGGAGUUUUGAUGAAGCAAUUCAAGGGUGCACAGGAGUGUUCCAUGUUGCUACUCCCAUGGAUUUUGAGUCCAAGGACCCUGAGAAUGAGGUGAUCAAGCCAACGAUUAAUGGGGUACUGGACAUCAUGAAAGCAUGUGCCAAAGCAAAAACAGUGAGAAGGAUAGUAUUCACGUCUUCAGCAGGAACUGUAGAUGUUGAAGAACACAAAAAACCAGUGUAUGACGAAAGCUGCUGGAGUGAUUUGGAAUUUGUUCGGUCCAUAAAAAUGACUGGAUGGAUGUAUUUCGUGUCCAAGACUCUAGCUGAGCAAGCUGCAUGGAAUUUUGCUAAAGAAAAUAACUUGGAUUUUAUCAGCAUCAUACCAACUCUUGUUGUUGGGCCAUUCAUCAUGCAGUCAAUGCCACCAAGUCUUCUAACCGCACUUUCACUCAUCACUGGAAAUGAAGCCCACUAUGGGAUUAUAAAGCAGGGAAAUUAUGUGCAUUUGGAUGACCUCUGCAAUGCUCAUAUAGUUUUGUUUGAGAAUCCAAAAGCAGAGGGCCGCUACAUUUGUUCUUCGCAUGAUGCCAACAUUCAUGAUCUUGCCAAAUUACUCAGAGAAAAAUGCCCAGAAUACAACGUUCCAUCUAGCGUCAUGGUGAUCAGGUUGAAGGACAUCGAUGAGGAUUUGGCGAGAGUUGUUUUCACAUCCAAAAAGCUGACGGACUUGGGUUUCGAGUUCAAAUACAGCUUGGAGGAUAUGUUCGUAGGUGCUCUGGAAACAUGCAGAGAAAAGGGACUAAUUCCCCUUUCUCAUGAAAAAGAAGCCAUUAAGGAAUGCAAAGAAAAUGGAGUGGUUCCUGCCGGUCCUAAGGCCCCUGCUAUUCCUAAUUAG